UCAGCGGAAGUUCUUUGACGCUACUCUUUGAAUCUUCCGCUUUUCAAAUGCGGAAGUGUGGUAAAGGAUUGGCAGUUGAAUCAGUCCAGUAAUAAUGGAUAAUCAGGUGUUCGAGUCCAGUGUGGAGCGGACAUUUCAGUAUCAGAGCAGCCUCCCUCCUCUCCCUGUGCCCGAUCUACACGAGUCACUGGACAAAUACCUGCAUGCAGUAAAACCUUUUGCAUCUGAGGAAGAGUUUCAAGCCACAGAGGCUAUUGUGAAAUGCUUUGAGGAGGGCAUCGGACAACAGCUACAACAGAAGCUUCUGAGGAGAGCCAAGAGCAGGCGUAACUGGCUUGAAGACUGGUGGCUGGACACAGCGUAUCUAGAAGCACGCAUCCCCUCUCAGCUGAAUGUGAAUUUUGGAGGUCCUACACCCUAUGUGGAGCACUGCUGGCCUGUACGUGAUGGCACACAGCUGGAGAGGACCAGCUUGAAUUUGUGGUUCACCCUCCGGUACUGGGACCUUAUCCGCACGGAGAGGCUUGCCAUUCAUAAAGCAGGAACUAUUCCCUUUGACAUGGAUCAGUUCCGCAUGCUCUACUGCACCUGCAAAGUGCCUGGUGUCAAUAAAGACACCCUCCUCAACUUCUUCAAAACAGAGAGCGAAGGACCCUGCCCUUCUCACAUGAUAGUGAUGUGUCGUGGGAGGGUCUUCACAUUUGACGCUCUCUGUGAUGGCCGUAUGCUCACCCCCCCAGAGCUGUUGAGGCAGCUCACUUACAUUAAAGAAUGCUGUGAUGGAGAGCCGGAGGGGGAUGGAGUGAGCGCUCUCACCACUGAGGAAAGGACACGCUGGGCAAAGGCUCGGGAGUAUCUGAUCUCCAUUAAUCCUGUGAAUAAGACCAUACUAGAGACUAUUCAGAGCUCUUUAUUUGUACUCGCCCUGGACGAUGCCAAGCCCUAUUCCACCCCUGAAAACUACACACAGUUGAUCCACCUGGCUUUAACUGGUGACCCCACGAUCCGCUGGGGCGAUAAAUCUUACAAUCUGAUCUGCUUCUCUAAUGGGACCUUCGCUUCUAACUGUGAUCAUUCGCCAUAUGACGGCAUGGUUUUGGUAUCUAAUGCAUAUUAUGUAGAUCAAAAUUUGAGGGCCUGUGGUGGAGUGUGGAAGGGUUCAAAGGUUGUGCGUGAGAUGCCCUUGCCGGAGGAGCUGAUAUUCACCGUGGAUGAGCGGGUGAGGAGAGACAUCGCCCUGGCUAAAGAACAGUACAGCAAAAGUUCUCAGGACUUGCAGGUAGUCACCUAUGCCUUCACCUCUUUCGGAAAAGCAGCCAUUAAGAAGAGAAGGCUUCACCCUGACACAUUCGUACAGCUGGCUCUGCAGUUAUCAUACUACAGGCUACACGGAAAGCCUGGUAGUUGUUAUGAGACUGCCACAACACGCCGUUUCUUUCAUGGCCGCACAGAGACCAUGAGGCCCUGCACUGUAGAGGCCCAGCACUGGUGCAGAACCAUGCUGAACCCUGCAGCCACUACUGAAGAGAAAAGAAAAGCUUUAAAUGCAGCCUUCGGAAAACAUAACAAGUUGAUGGCAGAGGCACAGGAUGGAAAAGGCUUUGACAGACACCUCCUGGGUUUGUACCUGAUUGCCAAGGAGGAGGGCCUUCCUGUGCCUGAACUCUACACAGAUCCGCUCUAUACUAAGAGUGGCGGAGGGGGGAAUUUUGUGCUUUCCACUAGUCUGGUGGGCUACACCACUGUAUUGGGAGCAGUUGCACCCAUGGUGCCACACGGAUAUGGGUUUUUCUACCGCAUUCGUGAUGACCGAAUUGUUGCAUCCUGCACUGCUUGGAAGUCCAGCCCAGAGACAGAUGCUGAAGCUCUGUUUCAGAACCUCUGCACCUCUUUACAUGACAUCAUGCACAUCACUACCCAGUCCCAGCUGUAAAGCAGAGCAUUCUGGGAAGUAUAACCUAGUCUAACCUCAGUGCUUUAGUUAUGCGAGAAAGUUGCCACACAUUAAAAUACAUUUAUUUUUAGAAAUAAUCUGGAUUUAGUACAGCAGGUGCUUAAAACUCACGUGCCUUCAGUAAGUAUAAUGCAGAUAUAUAAUUCCUCUUUAUUUACUGAAUUUGAAGAUUUUAUUAUCAUGUGGCUUUUCAAACUUUUUCAAAGGCUUAUUGCACUAAAGCCAAAUGUUUUUGCACCAAUAGAAUAUUAAUGAAUAUUUUUAUAUUGUAAAUAUAAAUGCUUAUGUAAAAAUGUUUUACCGUUUGUUACCAAUUAAAGGUAUAAUAUGCA